AUGCCUCCUCUGAUGUCUUUUCCGCAAGCAUAUUGGGGCGUCGUAGGGACUACAAUUGCCAUUGCGUGUAUAGCCAACGUCACAAAUUACUUUAUUUACAGGCAAAGAAUAUGGGCUGCGAGCAAACGCUCACCCGACCCUUCUCGACCCAAAUCUCUUUUGGCUGAGACGUAUGCAACGUUGACUGCAGUAACCCGAGAAGCGAGCAAUGCAAGUUUGACUUCUGUUACCAUUUCGAACUGGCAUAUGCGAUUCCCGACGCUCGGCAAGACGUCCCUGAUCGUAGCCAACAUCAUCCUCAUCGUCGCCUUAGGCCUCUAUGGAUUCGACACGCGCGACCGGUGGUCCAUGGAGAACAUCGGCUACCGUACGGGGUUCGUGACGAUUUCUCAGAUUCCGCUGAUAUUCCUGCUGGCCGGCAAGAAUAAUAUCAUCGGCUAUUUGACAGGUCUGGGAUACGAGCGCCUCAAUUGGUUGCACCGAUGGACUGCUCGUUGCCUCCUGUUCAGUGCGACGAUCCAUAUGGGAUAUUGGUUCACGGCCUGGGCUCCGUAUGGAGGCUUUAUAGAGCGCAAGAUCCGGACGGAUCCGUUAACGCAACGAGGCCUGAUUGCCUGGUGUAUCCUGCUGUGGAUCGUCAUCUCCAGUAUUGCCCCCAUCCGAGGGUGGCGGUAUGAGAUAUUCGUCGCCCAGCACAUCAUCUCGAUCGGCGCGUUGAUCGGGGUUCUCAUGAUCCACACGCCCAAGGAAGUCCAUAUCUUUUUGUGGCUUCCUGUCGCGUUCUUCUUUUUCGAUCGCGUCGCACGGAUUUUGCGCGUGCUCUACCUGAAUCUCUCCAUUUUCCAUCCCAAGCAAAGGCGCUCCGGCGCCAUGAACAGCGCAUGGGCUUGUCGCGCGGAAUUGACACCCCUAGCCCCUGAUCAUACCCGCCUCACUAUCCGCAAUCCGCCUAUGUCAUGGCGACCUGGACAACAUGUCUAUCUCUCUUGCCAUUCAAUCGCCCCUUUACAAAGUCACCCUUUUUCCAUUGCCAGCCUCCCGUCCGAUGGCAAAAUGGACUUCGUUAUCAGAGCACGUACUGGUGGAACCAGGAGGUUGCACCAUGUUGCAUCCAAAGAUCAGCAGGCGCCGAUCCUACCGACGGCAGAGACAAAAGAAAGAACGGAUUCUCAGAGUGACCAAGUGAGCUUACCUAUUACAAUCGAAUCCCGCAUGGCUGCCAUCGAAGGUCCUUACGGGAUCAUGAGACCACCGGAGCAGUUCGACAGCCUUGUGCUCUUCGCCGGUUCUACAGGAGCCACCUUUUGCGUUCCUAUAAUCCGGGACGUGGUGAGACGGUGGUCGGCGAUGCACUCCGCGUCUCCGACUUCGCACCGGGCACUUAGUAUCUACCCCCCCGAUAUAGCGGCGACCCGACGGAUACGAUUCAUAUGGGCGGUCAAAUCACGGCACCAGCUGGCUUGGUUCUGCAGCCAGCUCUGCGAUGCCAAGUCGGAAGUCGAGUCGCUCCGAGCGAAUGGCGUAGACGUACAGCUCGACGUCAGCGUCUGUUGCACCUGCGACGAUGAGUACGUCGGCGAGCAUCGCAACCUCCUCCAGUCCUUGGGCCAUUUCCACUACGGUGAGAAGCGACCCGAACCAAAGGUGACGCAUGGAGAGGUCAAGCAGGUUCAACCCGCUGCAUCCGAUGGGAGCCUCGCCGUCGAUGAGAAAUCGGCCUUGAAAAAAGGAAUCGCCCCCUCUGAUGGUGUCCCGGUUCAAGUCCACGAAGUCGACUCCCAGUCCUCCGACAACGACCAGGACCCCCAGAGCAACACCGGGGGAUGCGGCCCAUCCGGCUGCUGCUGCUGCGCCCCCACCGACGCCUCUGCUCCUUCAGAGUUCGUCUGCCGAUGCGGCAUCACCCCCGCCGACUCCGAAUCCCGUCCCUCCAGCGCCGAGCCACCAAAGCUCACCAAAUCGUCCACGUCCCCGUCGCUCCACCCCUCGAUCAACCUCGCCACGGGCCGCCCGACGCCCGAACCGAUCAUCCGGGCGGUGCUGGAGAAGGCGCGCGGGGAGACGGGCGUGUUGGCGUGUGGGCCGCUGGGGAUGAUGGAUGGUGUGCGGGGGGCGACGGUCAGGUUGAGUGAUGAGCGGGCGGUGCAUAAAGGGACCGGGGCGCAGGGUAUCUGGUAUUAUGGGGAAGGAUUCGGCUGGUGA